CGUUUUGGGAAAAAUCAGGAGUGUGCUUUCCCUUUCCAAUGCAACUAGUAGGUGGUGAAUUCUGUGAAAGCUAGCCAGGGACGUCGCUGCUGCGGUUGGCUUUCCCUUUUGAUAGCCAGGGAUCGGAGGAGGGCAGCGGCAGCAGGCAGCAGACAGCAGCGGCACCUGCACUGCCCACCUCAGCCUGUCGCCUCCACUCGCUUCUCCACCACAGCGCAGCACCGGUCAAUUCACUCACUCGCCGCGCUCGCUCACCUAUUUAUGAUGGCUGCUUCUCCAUCGCCGCCCACUAGGACGAGUACCAAUCCAUCCAAAUCCUGUAUGUGAAAACAAAUGCCAACCAUUCUUCUUCCUUGCAUACCCGCGAGUAGUAGUAGUGUGCUACAAGCUGCAGGCAAAGCGAGAUACUAUAUAGGAAAGCAUCGUCGGAUCACAUCCUCAUCUAGUCAUCCAUCGUAUUCAUAUUCCGGCAUCCAUCGAUCCUUGGUCCGUUUUCUACCACUGUUGGCCAUCACUGCCCAACCAUCCCAGCCCAAGGUUGCUUGCUUUUGCUCCCUUGCAUAGCCGCCCGGCCAUGGAGAAGGAGAUCAAUAAUCCGCCGCCGCACACGGCCGAGCCCAAGGACACCACAACCGCCACUUCAUCACCAACAGCAGAGAACCCUGCAUCGUCGUCCGACGACCAGCGACCGCUGCGGCCGCAUCUCUCCAUCGACAUCCCGGCGUCAAGCCUGCCCGGCGACCCCCUCCCGACGCCGACGGAGGCCGCCGACAUCACCCUAACCCCGACGGGUUGCUCCUCCACCACCACUAGAAGGAGCGGCAUCCCCAUCACGCCCGUGUCUUCCUCCGGUAACAGCAGGAGCGGCAAGCCCCUGCGCUCGCCGUCCUUCAUGCUCAGGCAGACGGUCAGGAGCCUCCUGCCCGUGGGGAGCUUCAAGUCCUCCGUCAAGGGCUACGAGGUGUCCUUCUCCAAGCUCUUCAACUCCAAGGUCAUGGCCAGGACGUCCUCGCUUCCUCUCGACGACCAUCAAGCCGUCGUUGACAAAUCUUCAACAAGUUCUUGUACCGCCACCCAGGAACCUGUACUCCACAUGUGCCGAUCGCAGUCCCUCCCCAUGAACAUGAAGAAAUUCAACGCCAAGAGCUUCAAGAGGAUGGACUCGCUAGGCGGCAUGUACCGUGUAGUUCCAUCGACGCCGAGAGCUCCAGCUGCAAGCAAUGUCGUUCCUGACAUAGUCCCUUCUUCAGAGUCAGCAGCUUGGUUCGAUCGAUCAGGGGUCGCCGGCGAAGACGACGGCGAGGACAUUCCGGAGGAGGAAGCCGUGUGCCGGAUCUGCAUGGUCGAGCUGUCCGAAGGCAGUGACACCCUCAAGCUGGAAUGCUCCUGCAAGGGUGAGCUUGCUCUGGCACACAAGGACUGUGCCAUGAAGUGGUUCACCAUCAAGGGCACCAGGACCUGCGAGGUGUGCAAGCAGGAUGUGCAGAACCUCCCGGUGACUCUGCUACGUGUUCAGAGCCUGCAGCGCGAGCCGAAUCGCGUGGCCAAUGGAGGCAACAGAUCCAGAUACCAACGGUACAGGGUGUGGCAUGGGACACCUAUCCUCGUAAUCAUAAGCAUCCUGGCCUACUUCUGCUUCUUGGAACAGUUACUGGUGGCCCAUGACGGCAUUGCUGCGCUGGCAAUAUCCCUGCCCUUCUCAUGUAUCCUGGGGCUCUUCUCAUCAUUGACAACGACAAGCAUGGUGGCAAGAAGAUACGUUUGGAUCUACGCGGCAGUACAGUUCCUCUUCGUCGUGUUCUUCACCCAUCUGUUUUACAGAUAUCUCCAUCUGCAGGCCGUGAUAUCCAUCAUCCUUGCGACCUUCGCUGGGUUCGGCGUGGGGAUGACCGGGAACUCCAUCAUCGUUGAGAUACUGCGGUGGAGGGUGCGACGGAUGGCGCCUCCUGCUCCUGCCAUGCCCCGCCGUGAUCGCAGAGCACGCGCAGCUCAGCAGCAGGCUCCGGCGUCUGAUCAACCUUCCGGCCAGUCUUCAGUUGCCGGCGGCGGACAGCACGACACCGUUGCUGCUAGCGAUGUUGAGAACCCCGCCCUCCCUCAGGCAUAGAACAUGUAUAUUGUAUAACUGUAUAAGCAGUUCUUUUCUAGAUAGUAUAUACAGAGUAUAUGUGUAGCAGUUGUAGUUUACCUGCUGAGAGGUUGGGGGCCUUAUUUCACUGUAUAAAUGGUAGAACAGACCAAGUCUGAAUUUUGUUUUUUAAGGGAGAAGAGAUCACAAUCUCAAUCCAAGUUCCAUUUUUUUCUUCUUCUUUUUGUAGCAUGUAAUGUAAUAAGUAGCGUAGCAGCACUGAAAAGAAUCUGUGCUGAUGUCCUUCUCUAUCAGCAUGUACAGAUGCAUGCACACUACCUUGUGAAAGGAAUCAGUAUGCAGUACUGCAGUUUACGGUGUGUAA